UUCCAAAACGUAUGAAUAUUGCUUUAACGUUGACGGUAUGCAAUUAGAUCGUUCAUGCAAGGUCGACGACAUAAGGGGCAGAUAAAUUUAGAACUCGUACCCUCUCUUAGUAGAAAAGUGUAUUUCUUUUCUACGACAUUUCAAGAUUCGUCUAAAAAUAGUAUAUACGGUUAUAACUAGUUUAAACUCAGACGGAGUGCAACCGACCGAUCCUUCUCUUCCCUUUUCGAUGCAACUGCUUAGAAAAUUUAAUGUACUAUUCGUCCUACUCAAAAAUAUCUGUUUUAACUUGAAAGAAAAAUAUUUCUAUAAUAUACUUUUCUUCCAUCUUCGGAUAACUGAAAAGUGAGAGAAUAAGAGAGAGCAGUAUUUUAUAUGUACAUCUGAAGUAUUCGCUUGUAACAUACUUUCUUUCUCUCUCUCUCUCUCUCUCUCUCUCGAAUGAGGCCAUUCACAUAGCGUUUACCUUCCACGAAUCAAUACUGCAGAAGUUUCAAUGAUCUUAUAAGAUAGCGCUACGAGCAAUAUAACGCUUUCUCUGCAUGUGCAGGACAAUGGGGAAAUAUUCUCAGAGUGAAUAUAACCUUCUUAAAAUCUUCCAAAUCGGUAGUAAAUAAUGUUAGCAAUCGUAUAGAUCUAUACGAUUAAUGGAUAAAUUUAUUUGUUAAAUUUGUAAAACAGAACAAAUAUGUAUGCGAAAUUACAAGAUCUAAUGGGUCGAAAAGACCGACCACGAUUACACAAAUUCGUACAGAAUGUAAAUAUAGAAGAACUUUGCAAAGUAUUAUGUGAUAAGAUUUAUAGCGCAGAUAUAGUAAAAGUGUUGGAUGAAAUACUACAAGCAUUUUGUAAUGCUGAUAAAUUUUCUGAAAACAAAUUAAAAGUAGUGAAAGCCAUACUAAAAACUCUAGGAAGUGCUAAAAUUAAUAGUAAUAACGCAGAAGAAAUCAUCAGUCUUAUAGCUAUGGAUUUUCCUAAUUUUUCAAAGAAUUGUCUAAUUCAAUUAGUACAAUUUUCUACUUCUAAUAUUUAUUCAAACGAAGAUAAUUUCUACAGUUGGAAAGAUUUAUUACCGGUGUUACUAGAAAUCUUAGAACAAGAAAAAUAUAUUGAUUAUAUGAAUUCAGAAGUCACUGGAAGUGAAUAUAAGAUGCUUAUCGUUAAAUCCAUAUGUAACAGCCAAUGGGAGCCUAGCAUUGUACCAUGUCUAGCGAAAAUGUUUGGAGACAUGAUUCUGGAGAAAAAAGAUCUGAAUGUGGUAAUUAUUGCAUUGUGUCAUAAACUUUGCAUGAUUGCUUUAAAUGAAAUCCCACCUUUUGUAUAUCAGACUCUUAGAUUAUGUAGUAAUUUUAGUUGUAUACAUUUGAUUGUAUCACUGCGUAAAUAUUUUGCAUCGUAUUAUUCAAAUGCAAAUAGUAAAGAAAAAGAGAAUAAUUUAGACGAUAUUAGUACAACAAGUUUAAAAGAAAUACAAGAUGCAGAAAGUAAUGUACUGUUUCACAUACAUCAUGCCACACAAUUACAUUAUAAAUGUAUAAAAGAUUUGAUACUUGCAUUUAAAAAAUUUUCUAUAGUACCAGAAUAUGUAUUAGAACCUUUCAUUUUAUCUACGAUAUUUAUAAUCUCCAGUGUACAUGAAGAACAGGUUUUUGAAAUGCUUCAUCAGACGAUUUUAAGAAAAAUGCAAGAUGAUGAAAAAUGUAAGAAUAGUGCUUGGUUAAAAUCUUUAAUGAAUAAUAAUUGUGAUAUUAUGAAUAUUAUAGAUCAAGUUAUAGCAAAUAGUGAUAAAGACCGUCAUGUUGUAUUAAAAGGAAUUAUGGAGUUAGGAUUUGUGCUUAUGGAUACAGAACAUACAAUUGGAAAAGUUAAUAAAUAUCCAACACAUAAUAUUGGUAUACAGAUACUUCAAAGAUUAAUGAAGAAAAGACAUGAGAUAUGUGGAUCUGUACUUCAAUUAUUAACUGAUAAAAUAGUGGCAGGUGGUUUGUUAAUAUCGCAGUACACAGAUUGUUUGGCAUAUAUGUGCUCUAAAUUAGCAAUGAAUGUGCUCGAUUUUCAAACUUAUAUAAUUACUCUUCUUGAUCAAUUGCUAUGUGUACCUGGUACUGCAGCUGUACAAAUUCUUUACGCAGUUUUGCCAUUGAUACAUGUUUCAUCUAAUGUAAAAGACAAUCUUAUGUUAUCAUUGAGAAAGGCUCUCUAUAGAAAAGGAAUAUGUACACGUAAAAUGGCAGUAACUGGUUUUCUUGAACUAUUAAAAAUGUUAAAAAUGAAUUUUAGAAGAAAUCUUUCAAAUGAUUAUUCUAGCAAUUCCUCCAUGUCUAUUACAUUAUCUAAUUCAACAUCCAUAUUAACUCAGGUAACUUUAGAAAAACACAAUAAUAUAGGAAAUAAUUAUGGAUGCAAUAAAAGAUUAUGUGUUGACAUAUUAAAUAUAUUAAAAAAGUGUUUUACUCAAGAAUAUGAAGUCAGAUCACAUUUAUAUGAAGGAUUAUAUGAAGUUGUAAUUAAGAAUCCUGAACUAUCGGAAUACAUAGUGGAAAUAUUACUUGCUCAAUUGAAUCUUUAUUUUGAAAUAGAUGAAAAUGUAUUACCUCCAUUAAAGAUUGAUCUAAGUGCUGAUAUAAACGAUAUACAAAUUGUUCCAAAAGAGCCUAUAGCCACAUUGAUUUCUGUAUUACAAGCAAUUUAUAUAAAAACAGCUUUAGAAGAUUGGGAAAUUUUAAAUAAAGUUGCUAUCAUUCUAGAGUCACUGUGUAUAAGGAUGGCACGAACUGAAACGGAACAUUUAAAUUUGGAUGAUACAAUGAAUUUACUUGAUAAUACACCAAAAUCACAACAAAAAUUACAUAAUUUAAAAGAAAUGAUAGGCGUAUAUGAAUCUUUAAUAUCAUUCAGAGUUAAUUCCUGGGUUAAUGAAAGUAAAAAUAUAGCAAAAAGUAUAUAUGGUCUUUUUAAAGGAUAUAAUAGGUUAAUGGACAUUAUUAAGAAUAUAAGAAAAAAGAAGGGAAACAAAAAUAAAAAAAAUAAAGAUGCAAAUAACACUACAUUUAAGAAGAAAAGCCAUUCAGAUAUUAUAAAAUUGCCAAAUGGAAAUAUAAGUUUAAACAUAGUGUGUAAAAUUUUAGAACUACAUUAUUUAGACAAGUGGUCAGACAAUGAUGAAGCUAAGAUUUUAAGAUCACAUAGAGACUUUUAUCAUUAUAUUUUACAAAGUUGCAUUUCUACUUUUCAAACAAUAAUAUUAUUAAGUAUACCAGACUUUGAAAAACACAAAAAACAAUAUAUAAAAGUGUAUCAUAAAAUUGGAGAAUUACUCUAUAAAAAUGUAAUUUUGGAAUUUAGAAAUGCAUUUAAUGAUGAUCAACAGGGAACAUUAUUAGCUUUACAGUGUUUUAAGGAAUAUUGUUGUCUAAUAUGUUCAAAGUUUUCUUCUCAAUUGCCACAAUUUCUUUAUAGUAUGUGUAAUGAAAAGCCAAUGGAAAGUUUUAAUAUGCAAUUGGAAACAUUUAUUUUGUCUUUCAAAGCUCCAUUGAAAAUUUCUUUCGAACAAGAUUCUGAUGAGCCUGAAUUUUAUAAACAAAUGUCGUUAAUACUUUUAGAAAUUAUACAACAAUUUGUGCAUCAAUUGAACUUUCAUGAAAAAAAUACUAAAAAAAUUUUUGAAUGGAUUAGUAAAUGUUCACAAAUGGAAGGCAUCAGUGUUUCUGCAGCUAUUUUGAUCCUUCAAAUCCUUUUAUGGAUAGAAGAUUGCGAUAAAGACAAUGGAGAAAUAUUAAAUGAUAUUUGUCUGGAAAUAUCAGAGAAACUGGGUAUGAUACAUAAGAUUGAAACAUCAAAAAAUGAAAAAUAUAAAAUUAUAAACGAAAAUACAGUUGUGCAAGCUUAUAGCGUACUUAAUCAUUACAUAAAAAAUAAAUUAGAUAAUGUGUCUUGGUUUUUAGAACGUUUGAAAGCUGAACUUGCAAUAAUGAAUGUUGUUAAUAUUAAUAAUGAACAACAUGCAGAAGAUUUAGUAGAAAAAGAACGCAGUUUAUGCAGACAAUUGUCUUAUAUCAUUCAAAUACUUUAUACAUUGGCCAACAUAUCUAUCGAUCCAGGUCAAUCUACCAACUCGAUAUUUAAGAACUUACAACAAUUGUAUAACAUAUUGAGUAAACUUACUAAAUAUUUUUAUAAUAAAUCGAGCAGUGGAAAUGCAGCAUUUCAUGCUGUUAGGUUUAUUCAGGUGAUACAAUUAGCUGGAAAACCAUUAAAAUCUACUUUUUAUAAUUUAGUAACCCACAUAGAGGAAAGUCAAAGUAAAGACAAAAAACGAUUAAAGACAGAUACAAAUAUACAAAAAAAUCAUAUUUUAAAAGAAACUAAAUUAAUACCACGUGUUGUUUAUGAAAUUGAACAGUUUAGUAAAGAAGUACUGCUCCUUGCAAAAAAAACAGGGGUACCUUUAGAAAAUUAUAUCAAACAUAGCGUAACACGUGAUUUCCGAAUAUUAGAUUCACGAUUAACAGAAUCUCUUGAACAAGUAGAUGUCAGUAUGUUAAGCACGCAACGCACUAAUGUCACAAAUAUAAAUAACAGUCUUACACAUGAUUUGGAUAAUAAUUCAUCAUCCAUAACAGAACAUUCUUUGACUGAGUCAUAAAUAGUUUUUAGAGGCUUUUUAAUUUGAUAAAUUUUAUUAAAUGAACAAGUAUUAGAGAAUUAUAUGAGAUAUCUUGAUUUUAUUUUUAUAUGUAUGAUUUAAUAAAAUUUAACUCCAUAUUUUUAUAAUUGA